GCCCGGUUCGGUCCGGUCCGGGUCCGUUCUGUGUCGGUGAGGGGCGGCGGCGCGCAGCGAUGGACACGCUGGGCAGGAAGGUGGUGGUGUGCGACAACGGCACUGGGUUUGUGAAAUGUGGCUAUGCAGGUUCAAAUUUUCCAGAGCAUAUUUUCCCAGCUUUGGUUGGAAGACCCAUUAUAAGAUCAACUGCUAAAGUGGGAAACAUUGAAAUCAAGUAGAAUAACAAAAAGAUGGAUCUCAUGGUUGGUGAUGAAGCAAGUGAGUUGCGCUCAAUGCUGGAAGUCAAUUAUCCAAUGGAGAAUGGCAUAGUUCGGAACUGGGAUGAUAUGAAGCACCUCUGGGACUACACAUUUGGACCAGAAAAGCUUAAUAUUGACACAAAAAAUUGUAAAAUACUACUCACAGAACCUCCCAUGAAUCCAACUAAAAAUAGGGAGAAGAUCGUGGAGGUUAUGUUUGAGACAUACCAGUUUUCUGGGGUGUAUGUAGCCAUUCAGGCUGUUCUUACUUUGUAUGCACAAGGUUUGUUGACUGGUGUUGUUGUGGACUCUGGAGAUGGUGUAACUCAUAUCUGCCCAGUUUAUGAAGGUUUCUCUCUUCCUCAUCUCACCAGGCGGUUAGAUAUAGCUGGGAGGGAUAUCACUAGGUACCUCAUUAAGCUUCUCUUACUGCGAGGUUAUGCUUUCAACCACUCUGCUGACUUUGAGACUGUUCGCAUGAUCAAGGAAAAGCUGUGUUAUGUGGGAUACAACAUUGAACAGGAGCAGAAACUGGCAUUAGAGACCACAGUACUAGUUGAAUCCUACACGCUCCCAGAUGGCAGAAUUAUCAAAGUUGGUGGGGAACGGUUUGAGGCACCGGAGGCCCUCUUCCAGCCUCACUUAAUCAACGUAGAGGGGGUUGGUGUGGCUGAAUUGCUGUUUAACACCAUCCAGGCUGCUGACAUUGAUACCAGGUCUGAAUUCUACAAGCACAUUGUGUUGUCUGGAGGGUCCACCAUGUACCCUGGCCUGCCUUCGCGACUGGAGCGGGAACUCAAACAGCUCUACCUGGAACGAGUUCUGAAAGGAGAUGUGGAAAAACUCUCGAAAUUUAAGAUCCGAAUCGAAGAUCCACCUCGUCGAAAGCACAUGGUGUUUCUGGGUGGUGCGGUCCUAGCAGACAUCAUGAAAGACAAAGACAACUUCUGGAUGACCCGACAAGAAUACCAAGAAAAGGGAGUCCGUGUGCUGGAGAAGCUUGGUGUGACUGUUCGAUAAAUCCCAAAGCUUGUUCCCAUCACAUGUCUAAAGCUUUUUUUCUUUCAUUGCCAAUCUCUGAACUCACUCAGCUACAUGCUAUGGAAAGGCCUGUCUGUGGCCUUUUGACCCGGAGGUCAGGUUUUGUUUUGGUUUCUUGGGGUAGCUUUUGUUAAAUUUUUCUUAAUGUGGCUAAAUUUGACUAUUAAAUUUGACCACUUCCCCGCAAACAAAACAGAGCAAGAGCAGCCUGUCUACUUCAUUGUUCCUUCCCAGUAGGCAAUUGGGUAAUUCUGGUAGGCUUUUUCUUCUGGAUUUAUUGCUGUAGUACUGCUAGCUUUUAUCUCUAGUUCACAAGGGGUUGUGUGCCUUUUUUAGCAUAAGAAAACCUUUAAACAGCAGUUUUUGCUAUUGGAUCAUUGUGGUGGUAAUCUUUGCAUCUUUUUUCCUCUACGUGAAGACAAUUUUUUUUUUCUUUCUUUCUUUUGUGCAAUUAGGAAUUUUGAUUAACUAGUUUAGCUAGCUGGAAUGGCUUUAACACGCUGUUUCGAUGUAAUGUGGUUCCAUACGCACUGCUGCCUAAACUGGCUUCUGAGGUGGUUUAUCCUUUAAAGGUGGUGGUGGGGCUUUCAUACUGUAUUUUUCUCAGUGGGCACAAACAGAGAAACACCUGGUACUCUGGCAAAUGUAAAUUUGUGGCCUUAGGUGUCUUUUUUUCUGGGGGGAGGAGACAGGUUUAAGCUGUGUUGCUUUUCUGUUAAGGGACAGCUGGGGGUCAGUCUGACCAAAAAUGCCUCUUUCUAUAGCUAAGUUUUGGUACAAUGUUGUCUCAGCAUAGGAAGCAAGAAUGUUAAAUUAGCUAUUCUGUAACUGUUGAGAAAUUUAGAUAUGCUGAGACAGGAGCCUCUCAACUUACGACAAGAUUUAAUACUUUCAAGAAUGCUUGUGAAAACUGUAACAAUAGAUAUUAAAAACCCCAAAACUUUGUUUUAAAAUUCUGAUGUUUUAAGUGCUUGUAUGUACAUCAGAAGCACUUCCAUUAAACUUUACAAGUAUAUUAACCUAGUGCCAAGUAGUUACUGCAGAUUGAUAUUUCAAUGAAUGGUGUUUAUUUGCUGCAAGCAGAUAUUUAUAAACAACCACUGGCAGUAGGUUAUAAAGAAUGACCUAUAUUUGUUCUGGUUAAAAAUAACACUGGAGUAAAAGAUGAUGUUGGUUGGUAAAUAUCCACAAUUCAUUCUGUCCACUCUUGAUUUUUGAUACUUAACAUGGGAUGGGGAAGGAAGUGAAAACCAGUGAUGAAAAUGGUGUUUCCAGAAAGCAUAUUAAAGCUGAGUUGUUCUGAAAAAUAUUAAGUUGUCACUAGUAAUUAUCAGCCAUCUCCUCUAUGUAUAGUUGCCUGUAUUUUCCUUCUUACUAGUAGAUUGGUAACUAUCUUUGCAAUAAAAUCUGCCUUACAUAAAGCAUAGCAAAAGCUGCUUGCAUACAAAUGCCAGUUAGACUUAGUUCUACUUUGCUUUUCAUGGAAAUCUUGUGUCACUUCUUACUGGUUUUCCAAGCCUACCAUAACACUUAAGCAUAAGGAAGUUAAGGUCUGCUUUUGACUUCCAAACCUUGGAAUGUACAAGAUAUGCUUUCAUAUACUUGCUGUUUGUCUGCAUCUUUACAUUAGUAAUCGACCCCAGGAACAUGGAAAUAUUAAACACCCUGGAAUUCUUAAAAUUUGCCUUUUUUCUAAAUUGAGCAGACAGCUUGCUUUUGGCUGAGUGAGCCAAACAGGCAGAAACCAUGUCUGCAUUUCUUUAAUAACAAGACAGUCACUAUAGUACUGCUAGUAAUGACCAUUUAAUUAUAGGUGGGUGGGGUUUUUUGCAGCUAUAUUUACUCUUAACUUGAACAAUAUGAAUUUACAGGCAUGCCGGUCAUGCCUCAGUGCAUGCACUUAAACAGUUACUAGAUUUUUGGGGGCAUGAAUGUAAGGGGUGCUCUGAAUUCCUGUAGUCUUCUGAACAUUUAAUACACAGGAUUUAAAAAUGCUGUAGGCUUGCUUUAGGGCUAUGGUUUCUCAUGUGACUGUCUCUGGCUUUUUCAGACAGUGUUGAGAAUCAUGGAAAUAAACCAAAGAAUGACUUAAAACCUUUUUUUUUUUUUAAUGACAAUCUGUCAUGUGAUUUUUCAAAUCUAGACCUUGACCCUGCAAACCCCUUUUCUAAACCAUCUUCUCCCCUGUUCAUUGGCUUCAGUUGGGUAUGUGCAUGUUUGAGUAAAGGUUUUGCAAUUUGGCCCUUUCACUAGAGAACUUCGCACUGCCAUGAGUGUCAGUUGAUUGUGCAGAAUCUUGGGUUUCCAUGGAAACCAUGUAUAUAUUAAAAAAAAAAAAAAAAAAGGCAACUAGCAUUUUAAAUUACAACUAUCCUGGAUUCAGAAGAACACAUACAUAAUCCAAAUACUGAAUGGGGUAUUCCAGUUGUGCUCAGUGUGGUUCUUCAUGUGUGUGUUUGCACACGUGAGAGGUGUGUGUGUGUGUGUGUGUGUGUGUGUGUUCUCUCAGCUAACAUCUUAAUAUUUCUAUGAAAGCAAUCUGAUUAAGGUUUGGUUUUGGGUUUGUGUUUUGGUUUUGGUUUUUUUUUUGUUUUUAGUUGAAGACCAAAUAACUUGAGUUGUAUUUGCAAUAUGCUUCAGCUCCUAUAAAAUUAGAAUAGAAGAUGCCGCAUCAGUUGUGUAAGUUUUUUGGGAACAUCCUAUUUUUAAUGUUAAGCUGCUUCAAACCCCUCCCUCCAGUGUUUUAGGAUGUUAACCAAUGUAACACAAAUGGCUUUUUAUACAGUUCUGAAUAAUGUUGACACACAACACUGGUUGAGACCAUGAAUGGAAAUAAACAUCUAUUUAAAUUGACAGGUCUUUUCAAUAUAAAAAUAAAAUCAGAUUUUUUUCAAAGUAGAUUAUGUUUGCUUUGUUUCCUUUGGGAAAUCAGUUCUGUCAGUUUUUCUCUCACUUAACUCCCAUCACAAAACUAUCAUGAGCUGCUUAUGCUGAGGAAAUCUGACAUGACAAAAUAACACAUUCCCUAUUGAUUGCUGUCACAGAGUGAGAAAAGCACCCCUAAUCCAUUCUCUAGCCAAGGCUCCCCUCCCUCCAUCCUGGUUUCUUUAGCAGUAAAAUAAAGUGCUUAUCCUUGAACAGGAAUCUUUUUCAUUCAAGCUCUCUGCUUGGUACUGCAAAAUGGGAAAAGCUCUCAACUUGUGUUGACUUCAGCAUCUCUGGCUAAGCUCAAAAGUCACACAAUGAUGCUCUGUUUAGGAAAAAUCACCUUGGUUUUAUAAUAUGUGCUACUUCACCUGCAUCCUUCGUUUUAACUGAUAGAAGAACUGUAUGAGAGGAUAAUGUGUAGUGUUUAUAAAGAUGCACUGGUUUGAAGCAGCUCCUGCACCUGAAAUCUUGUAAUUCUCAACUUGCUGUGUGGAUUAGUAUCUGGCCCACUAAUCAUGAUGCAUUUAUCUGGCUUUUUCAACCAGCUUCUUCACCCCAGUUCAUUGGACAUGCAUGUUCUGUAUGCAUGUUCUCCAGGCAUCAUGUCCCUGGUAGGAUAAUGGCUUUGGUUUUCUUGGAGUGAACCAGUACAUGCAGUUUGGCUCUGGGUUUGUUUGACUCAGUGUCUGGGUGAAACACAUCCCAUCUUAGAUACAGGUGUUUUGAGACAGGAUUUUGAUAGCAACUAUUUAAAAAAAAAAAAAAAAAAGCCCCCCCCCAAUAAAUAAAUUAGAAAUAAGUCUCUACCUCUGUUCAGUACUAGUGUUCCCCACUUCUCUCCUGUGGCUCGCUUUGCCUGACAUGACUUUAGUGUGGCAAGGACUAAAUACAGCUCAGUUGACAUUUUCAACUUUUUCAAUAGUAAAUUCCUCCCUGUGGGCACUUCAUCUGUUUUCCACAGACAAGCAUCAUUAGCUGUUUCAGUACUGUGAAAAAUAAAGUUUUUUGUUUGU